AUGGUUCAUCAACGACCCAUCAUGUCCCUGCUUUUUGAAUUCACGGGGGGCCCCCUCACAUCCGUAUUUAUGACAUUGCUGAUGCUCUAUAUCCUGUGGACGAUGCUUCUCUGGGCAUCACCGAUUUUUGUAUUUUUCUUCGCGUUUUGGAUGUUUUUUGUGAAGGCGUUUCUUUGGGGUGUGAUUUGGGUGCUUGUGGUUGUUUAUCUGGUGAUGAAGAUCUAUGAGGUUUACUCUCAUUUGCCGUGA